GGAACAUGCAAAAGAUGAUUUUGAUGUCAAUGAUUAUGGUGAGGAGGAUGAGAAAGAACAAGGAGAAGAGGAAGAAGAUGGAGAGGAAAGAACAAUUGAGGAAGACCAAAGUGGAUGGAAUAAUGAUGAGAUGGAACAACUUGAGAUACAAAUGUCCCAAAUCAGAGAGAGAAAGAGAUGUAUAUGACAAGUUUGGCUACACCUAUCAGAAUAGAGAACAGAAUAAUGAAUAUAUAGGGAUUCACCCUCGACUUAAAGCUAAGAUCAAAGGUGUAUUUGUACUGAAGUUUAAUGACAAGACUAUUUUAUGUUGUAUUAUCUGGCAAGGGUUUACACUAUUGACACAAUCUUAAAGGUGACUUUUCUAUCUUUAUUCUUUAAUCUCUGAUUCAUUUUUAAAUCUGUCUAUAGGAUUUGACUGAGAAAUAAGGAAGAAGA